GUGAACUCUUGAACCCGCUCCGCAACACAACGCGAGCCUCCGGGGCGGAGAACGAGGACGCGCCUCGCGCGGGGAGAGCGCCCGCCCGCCCCGACGAUGAGGGCCGCCGGGGAGCCCGGGCCUGCCACCUCCCCUCUGCUCCCCGCCCGCCCGCGGCUCGGCGGCCGUGCCCCCAGACGCGGAAGCCCGGCAGGACGCGGCUCGCCCGCUGCCCCCGCCCCGCCCGGCCUCACCAGCAGCGCAGUGCCUCUGGGCCCCGGCCGCCCGCCACCCUGCCUUUCCCGGAGGGGCCCCUCGCCCGCCUCACCCCCUUCACGGGGCGCUCUCUCAGCCGCCCCCCGGUCAGGCCCCAGCCCGGACCCUGGCCUUUCCUGCCGCAGCCCCCCGGAGAACCCUCCUCACCUGGGCUUGAGGCUGCCGGCGCCCCGCUCGUAG